AUGCAUCAGGAGGAGGAAGAGGAGGAGGAGGAGGAGGAGUGUUUGCAGAAGUGGAAGAAGUUCAAUAUCACUGCAGGGAAGAAUGCCUAUCCGGUGUCGGAGGUGGUCUACACGUGGACUCAGGGAGCAGCAAAGUCUGUGGUUGUGGCCGAGGAAGGGUCUCGCCUCAAUCAGUACCAUCUGAUCGGACAGACCGCAGGGACCGAGGACAUCUACACCAGCAGAGGUCAGUACACGGUGAUGAUGGCUCACUUCUACCUGAAGAGGAAGAUCGGAUACUUCGUCAUCCAGACCUACAUGCCGUGCUUCAUGACCGUCAUCCUGUCCCAGGUUUCCUUCUGGCUCAACAGGGAGUCAGUGCCGGCGAGGACAGUGUUUGGUGUGACCACGGUGCUCACCAUGACCACUCUGAGCAUCAGCGCUCGAAACUCUCUUCCUAAAGUCGCCUACGCCACCGCCAUGGACUGGUUCAUCGCCGUGUGCUACGCCUUCGUGUUCUCCGCCCUCAUCGAGUUUGCCACCGUGAACUACUUCACCAAAAGGAGCUGGGCCUGGGACGGGAAGAAAGCAAUGGAGGCCCAACAGCCCAAGAAGAAGGACCCUUUGGCUCUGUCUAAAAAGCCCAACAACUCCUGCUCGUCCGGCUUGAAUUACACAACCAACCUCACAAAGGACUCGUCCAUCUCCACUAUUUCAAACAGCACUGCGGUACAACUCAAACCCGCUGAAACCAAGGCCCCUGACCCCAAAAAGACUUACAACAGUGUGAGCAAGAUCGACAAGAUGUCCAGAAUAGUGUUCCCGGUGCUGUUUGGGACCUUUAACCUGGUGUACUGGGCAACGUAUCUCAACAGGGAACCCGUGAGACAAGAGGAGGUUUAAACUCUGCAAUCACCCAUCCUCCUGACUCAAUCAAUGCCACUUAGUCCGAUAGUGUUUUUUUAGCCCGUUGGAAAUCAUUGCAUGUCAGGAAAAUGCCUCGAGUUUGUACAAAAUAUAUCCCUUUCCAAUUUUUAUUUAUCUCAUUUUAGGACUCCAGUCAAUGAAUGAUUUUAGCAUUUGGCAUUUAUAUUUGUUCUCCUUGAGUCUACAGUGUAUGAUGGUACAGCAAAGCCAAAUGCUAUGCAAAACAACAUUUGUAUCAUUACUCUAAAGCGGCUGUUGCCUUUGUGACUCUUACUUUGUAUAAAUGGGCCGUGGGGUCCAGAUGUGCGAGGACAUGGGACUUUGCUUCCUUGUUAAAAGCAGAUGAAUAGCCAUGCUAAAUGUGUUGCCUUCAGAGUGUGAUAACUCAUUACGAAUGCACUGGAAUCUCCUGCAGUUACUUUUACAGAAGCCAGAUUAACGACUUUCAUUAAAUCCUGUGUUGGUACUUUGAUUGCAAUUUUGAAUGGGCAGUUUUUUCAUGAAUAUCAUUUUCGAACAGGGACAGAUUUCAGUUUCCUGUCACCAUGUUGAGAACCCUGUAUGUAUGUUUGUAGUUUUAAGAAACAUGUAUAUAUUCCCUGCUUUUAGAAAAGUACCACGAAGCCAGUUAGCUUCUAUGUUAUGCAUAUACAGCAGCACAGUGUUACCCUAGUCUAGUGCUUCAUUGACUGGAUAUUGAGAAAUGAGCAGAUUAGCUUAAGCUUUAGCAUUUUUGGACCGAAUAUAUACAAUGCUUUUUUUAAAGAUAUCUUGGGUUUUUUGCAUCAACUUGUUGUUUCUAUAAGCUUUUAUGAUAACUUGCACAUUUUCUUUAUAAAAAUGUAGAUGCUUUGAGCAGGUUUUUGUUAUAUUUUAGAGUACCUGCUUCAGUUAAUAGUGACCUUGGACUAAAGAGAAGAACGUCACAAUGACCUGGUGAUUACAUUUUCACCAUUAUCCUUUAGAUUCAUGAUGUCUUAUUCCUUAUCCAUAUCCAGGCAAAAACAUGAGAUCUAGUAAUAAUUCAAAGUUUUAAUUUAAUGAGUGUUUUAAAGGAAAAGUUUGACAUUUUGGAAAUGUGCUCAUUCGCUUUUGAGUUAAAAUGUUCCGAUUGAUACCACUCUCAUGUCUGUGCGUUAAAUAUGAAACAAGAACCAGCAACUGGCUAGCUUAGCUUAGCAAAAAGGCUGUAAACAAGUUAGUCAGUUAAAUACAGGGCCGCCCCUCCCUACAGGCAGAUCACGCAGACUGCCUGGGGUCUCACCUCGCGGGAGGGGGCCUCAUCUCACGGAGGGAGCCUCAACGGAGCCGCAAAUGCGACGCAACUAUGCGCUUAUGUGGCGCAAUUGUGUAGGCACGGCACAGUUUCGCCGCUGCUAGGCUCCACUAGCAACCCCCUCCCUCCCCGUCGGCGCUCGCGACACAGAGGGCCUCGUCAUAUAACUUUGCGUGGGGCCACAAGUUGGCCAGGGGCGGCCCUGGUUAAAUGUGUAAUUUUUCAGUCAUUUGCUUCUUUGUCGAGGCAUAAAUGUGUCAGUGGAGUAAAAACGAAGCUAAAGCGCAACUGUUAGCUUAGCAUAGUGCCAUGUUUUUUUUAUCAAGAUGUAAAAUGGGGUAAACAGCUACACUGGCUUGUACAAAUGAAAGAAAUCUGCUAAACAGAAGCUGUUUUAAAGCUCACUGAUAAGCAUGUCCUAAAAUUAGCAUUAGCUUGAAUGUAGCAAAGGGUUAAGGCCAGAACUUUGUAAACAUCAAACUAUUUAAGUAACAAUUGAGAGGUAAGACUUCAGUCAAAAUUCUCGCCCUAAGCAACUAGAGAAGUGAGCCGGAGGAGAUUUGACUUACUUUCUCUUUUUUUUAAGCAAUUUGUAGUUGCCUUAUUUCCCUCACUAGUUAAUGAAUGCUUUCUAUUUUUCUUUAACUCGGAUUUAAGGAACAUUACUUUAAGUUACGGACAUAGCCCUGCUAGUUGUUUCCUUCUGUUUUGAGUCUUGAUGCUAAGCUAAACUAUGCUAAGCUUGCCUUCUCCUUGUUCUAGCUUCAUAUUUAGCGACAUCAGUGGUAACGAUCUUGUUAUCUUAGUCCAAGAAGAAAGGAAAUAAUGUGAUUCAAUGACAUAUCCUUCAAGUCCAGCUUUUUUACUUGAUACUGCGACAGUGCAUGCACAACACUCACUUCAGCAGAGAAAGUUUUGCAACCUUCACAGUUUUUAGUUUUACUGUUCGAGUAUUUGAGAAUUGAAAAAUGAAUGUGAUCUUCUCAUGUGACUUUAUGCCUUCUGUGUGGCCGGCCUCUAUUUAAUACGUUUAUGGAACACACCAGUUGUAUUAUAUUAUUACAUUUAAAUGAAUUUAAGGUACAGGCUGUUCUUUAAAUGCAAAUAUCUGAAGCAAUAAAUAAUGCUCAUAAUUAUUAAUGAUUUCUGUUUAUGGUGAUUGUCAUCAUUUGACUUUCAUUUGGUUGAUGUCAUUUUAUCCAGAUUGAAUCCUUUUGGCAAUAGUCUUUUUCUAUAUAUAGCUAUACUCUGAUUCCUUUUAUCUCCGCCCCUCCCUCUUUGGAAGCACAGUGCCCUGCAGGUUUAAUGUAUUUACUCAUUAAUUUUGUAAAAUACGUGUGCAGAUGACCGGUGCAAGGGGCUGGGUCACAAUGAAUACUUUCUUUCUUUCUUAAUUGUUAUGCAUUCCUGAUUCCCAAUAAAGCUUCACUGAAUCCAUUAA